CCUGCAAAAUUGACAGUCUUUCACUAAAUUGGUCUUCAUUCCACGGGCAAAAAUGAAAUGCUUUGCACUGUAGAACGCAGAUUUUCUCUGAAAGUAUUUUCAAUUAUUUUCAAAUUACAAUGACUUCAGUCAAAAGUAUUCUUACGUUUUGUAUUUUUGUGUUAUCGUUCACUUGUCUCAUUUCAUUUUCACAUCAACUCACCUCAACAACAAGUGAAAAGACUAAAAAACGAUUCAACAUCGAAGCUGCUGCCGGAGAAAAUGUUAACAUUUUGUUACAUCUGAAAAGUCGUUAUGGUUUAGCAGGCCUAGACGGAUCAAUGGGGGACAGAGGAGCGCCUGGUCCUCCUGGAUUACCUGGGAUAAUGGGUGCAAAGGGUGAAAGAGGAACAUGUCCUCUUGAGUUAUGUAAUAUCAUGGGGAAUGUAGUUAAUCUGACUUCUCGUAUCGACGCUUUGGAACGAAUGGUCAUGUUGAACAGUGGGAAGGCAGACUCCUUAACGUUUACCCAGGAGCCUUUCAAAGGGCUUCACAUCAUUUCUGAUAUUUUGCUGACAAAAGGAAAUUCAACCACAAACAACAGUUUUGAUGGUCUAAACAAUAUGAAAGUGAAAUUAAGUUUUAAAGACUCGCCACCUUUCCCAAAAUCUAAAAAUCCAAUUUUUUUAAACUCCACUCUGCGUGUUACGGAUCAAAGAGAAAAGAAAGAGGAAAACUUUCAAAGGCAAGACGAAGUUCUCGCGACAGAACGUCAGUUACAAUCAUAUACUCAAGAUCAGGAGGAAAUUCCUAGUAUAAAAAAAAGCAGAAUACCUCAUGCUCUGGAUAGUUUAAAAAAAGUUGAAGAAGUCAACUCGGCUCGCCACAAAAGUCACGAGUAAAGACAUUUAUGGCGUUCACCAAAGACACGUGAUUUAUCAACUGACCAAUGAGCAUUGUUCAACAGUUUAUUUCCCACACACGGAAAUCUUCGACCAAAGUUCCUUAUCAUCUUGAUGAUUGGUGAGAAAAGAUCCGAUAACCAGACGUACGAAUGACGACAUUUCUUCAUCACCAGCGGUAACUAAGUACUGCGCAUGCGAUAAAAGUGACCAAUCAACAAGAGCUAUUGCUCCACGAUCUACAAUCUCAGUAUUUAAAGGAUUGUAAUCAUACACUACACCUCCGAUACGAGACUUUAGAGAGCUGAAAAUUUCCGGAAAAGGAUUUGUUUUGUUUUCAGAACUGCCAAGAUAAUUUCGAAGCAACGAUCCAGAACCAUAUUUAGACAUAUCAGAUGCAAGAUAGACUAGAUUAAUACCAGUAAUGGUUUUAAGAGCUGCUACAACAUCAACAACGACGUUCAAACAGUUUCUAAACAAAUCAAUAUCGAAGCGAUGCGGUAUAAGGACAAGUUCCGCGCGAAUAUAGACUGCAAUGUAGCGAUCUUGAAGAAAAGCUUGUUGAAAUUUUGUUACUUCAUGUUGCACAGUUAUACUGGGUUUCAAUGCAUAUUGCAAAA